ACCUUCGCUUAAAGAAUGGGGUAGAGGGAGAGAAGAAGCCUUUUAAAUAUUGUACUUUCCAUCUAUAUUCUCUUUUCUUCUUCUCCUUCUCCUUCCACUUUAUCUUAAGCUUGAAAGUUGAAAGGGUGAGAGAGAAACUAAAGUGUCCAUACCUUGGUGUUGUUUGAUUUUAUUGGAACAAGGUGAAGCUAGCAAAUAAGAGCUCCUCAAUGAAUAACAAUAACUGGCUUUCUUUUCCCCUCUCUCCUUCUCAUUCUUCAUUACCUGUUCAUGAUCUCCAAGCAACUCAAUAUCAUCAAUUUUCUCUUGGACUAGUGAAUGACAACAUGGAAAACCCCUUUCAAAAUCAUGAUUGGAAUCUGAUUAAUACUCAUGGUAGCAAUGAAGCUCCAAAGGUUGCAGAUUUUCUUGGUGUGAACAAAUUUGAAAAUCAGUCAGAUCUUGCUUCCUUAAAUGAAAUGCAGUCAAAUAGUUCAGAUUAUCUGUUCACAAAUAAUAGUCUUGUGCCUGCAGUGCAAAAUCCAGUGGUAAGCACAUGUAGUAAUGGUAAUGAGUCUCAAGAAAAUGGUAAUGGUAAUUUGCAAUCGUUGACAUUAUCCAUGGGAAGUGGUAAGGAUUCAACAUGUGAAACCAGUGGUGACACUAGUACCAACACUAUCGAAGCUGUGCCUAGAAGAACCUUGGAGACAUUUGGGCAAAGAACAUCUAUAUAUCGAGGUGUAACAAGACAUAGAUGGACCGGAAGGUAUGAAGCUCACCUUUGGGACAAUAGCUGUAGAAGGGAAGGACAGUCAAGGAAAGGUCGCCAAGUCUAUUUGGGUGGAUAUGAUAAAGAAGACAAAGCAGCUAGGGCCUAUGAUUUAGCUGCCCUUAAGUACUGGGGGACAUCCACUACUACCAACUUUCCGGUUAGCAACUAUGAGAAGGAAGUGGAUGACAUGAAGCAUAUGACAAGACAAGAAUUUGUGGCUUCCAUUAGAAGGAAAAGCAGUGGUUUCUCGAGGGGUGCUUCAAUGUAUCGUGGAGUUACAAGGCAUCAUCAACAUGGGAGGUGGCAAGCAAGGAUUGGAAGAGUUGCAGGAAACAAAGAUCUUUACUUGGGAACUUUCGGUACUGAGGAAGAGGCGGCAGAAGCUUACGACAUAGCUGCGAUAAAGUUCAGAGGCCUUAACGCCAUCACCAACUUUGACAUGAACCGUUACGAUGUGAAAGCCAUUCUAGAGAGCAACACCCUCCCAAUCGGAGGAGGAGCUUCAAAAAGGCUAAAAGAAACUCAAGCUCUGGAAUCUUCAAGAAAACGUGAAGAUCAGAUGAUUGCACUCGGCUCAACAUUUCAUCAAUACGGAAUUGCAACCCCAUCAAGCUCUACAAGGCCACAACCUUACCCGCUAAACCUAAUGCAUCAUCACAAUCAGUUUGAACAACAGCCUCAACCAUUUCUAACCUUACAAAACCAUGACAUUAAUUCUCAAUACUCCCAUCAUCAGCAGGACCCUUCGUUUCAGCAGAGUUACAUUCAAACACAGCUUCAGUUGCAGUUGAAUCAACACGGUGGUGGUGGUUCUAGUUAUGCUCAAGAAACAGCUCCUCAUCAGAACAGUGAGUUCUAUAAUGGUGGAAAUUAUUACCUUCAGAACCUUCAGGGAAUGAUGAUGAACAAUAGUAUGGGGUCUUGUUCUUCAUCGUCUGUGUUGGAGAAUGAUCAUAAUGCUGCUGCUGGUGGGGCUUCUUUUGUGGGUCCCGCAGCGGAGGAACUUGGGUUGGUUAAGGUUGAUUAUGACAUGGAUGCUGCUGCUGGCGGUGGUUAUGGUGGUUGGUCAGCGGCGGAGUCCAUGCACACGUCGGCGGCUGGUGGUUUGUUUAAUAUGUGGAAUGAGUGAGAGAAGAGAGAAAAGAGAAAAGCUUAUGAGUGUGGAACAAUUAACCAUACGAUUUUGUUGUGUUUUAUUUUAAAUUAAUGUUUGGGGUUUAUCAUUCUCGCAAUUGAAGACGAUAACAUAAUGGUUAA